AUGCAUACGAAGGAAAAUUCGCUCGUCUUUGUUGGCAUUGGAGCGGCCAGAGAUGAACGAGACGCUGAACAAGUGAAGCAGCAAGAGUGUCACGGCAAGAGUCGAUACUGUGCCGAUGAUUCCGGUGACCUGUGGCCCGAUUAUGCGCACGAUGAGCAUCUUUUUCACGUUUCAUGCAAGAGAAGAAGAACGUACGAUGACUGCUAUCCGCUGGCCAGUGUUGAAGAGGAACGUCUUGGAG